AUGAUAACAUUCCUGAAAACAAAAUAUUGCCACAGCUCAGGUCAAACAAAUCACCAGUAGUUGUUGCUUGGAUUAAGCACAAGGCAGCCAGCACGCGAGUUGACCCUGCAACCUCCGACGCAGUCUGACCACCAUCAAAAUCAUUGCUCCGUAAUUUCCCAUCAUCCAUGUGAAGGAUCCAUCUCCUCUGUUCCACCAUGGAGUCGUCUGCGGGGAGGAGGCAGCCCAGCACGAGCAGCAGCAGCAUGAGCAGCCAGCAGGUCUCGAGCUUCAGCAACUUCAGCAAGGCGGCCUCCGACGGGUACCCGUACCCCUCCUCCUCCCCGGACACCUCGUACCGGCACCGGCGGCAGGCCUCGUCGCACAGCGCCCCGUUUUCUUCCCAGCUGAGCCGGAGCUCAACCCGCAGCAGCAGCGGCACGUUCAAGGCGGCGGCGCGGGGCGUCGCCGGCGUGUUCGGUACCUGCUUCGUGCCCCGGGUCAGGAAGGCCGAGGCGGAGCAAGAACCGGAGGUCUCCCAGGUCUCUCGGGGGAGCAGGAGUGGAGGUUACUCUCAGGGGAGCAGGAGCGCGGGCUUCCAUGUCUCCACGGAUUCAGCAGGGACAGGCAAGGAGGGUGCAGGGCUCACCGUUGCAGACAUAUUCAGAGCAACAUCGAACUUCAGCGAGAAGAACAUGGUCAGGGAGGGAGCUUCUUGCAGCGUCUACAAAGGGAAGCUCAGGGACGGCUCCCAAGUCGCCGUCAAACGUGCCAGAAAGUUAAAUGGUCAGUAUCUAUCUGCUCAACUUAGCAGGGAGCUCGAGACGCUUCAGAAGAUUGAGCACCAGAAUCUGGUGAGGUUCCUCGGGUUCUUUGAGCAGAGAGAUGAAACUCUGAUCGUCGUCGAGUAUGUCGACAAUGGCUCCCUAAGGGAACACUUGGAUGAAUCGCGCGGAACCGGGCUAGAACUUGCGCAGCGGCUCAACAUCGCGAUCGACGUAGCUCAUGCCAUCACCUACUUGCACGAAUACGCAGAACGGUCGGUGAUCCACCGGGACAUCCGGUCGUCGAACGUGCUGCUGACGGGGGCGCUGGCGGCGAAGGUGGCCGGGUUCGGGCUGGCUCGGGUGGCUGGCGACGGCGAGGAGGCGACGCACGUGACGACGCAGGCGGUGGGCACGGCCGGGUACGUGGACCCGGAGUACCUGGGCACGCUCCAGCUCACCGACAAGAGCGACGUCUACUCCUUCGGCGUCCUCCUCGUCGAGCUCGUCACCGGCCGCCCGCCCAUCGAGCGCCGCCGCGGCCUCGAGCCCCGCGCCACCACCAAGUGGGCGCUGCAGAAGUUCCGGGGAGGCGACGCGGUGGUGGCCAUGGACCCGAGGGUGCGGAGGAGCCCGGCGUCGGUGGCGGCGGUGGAGGGGAUGCUCCGGCUGGCCGAGCAGUGCGUGGCGCCGGCGAGGCAGGACCGGCCGUCCAUGCGGCGGUGCAACGAGGCGCUGUGGACCGUGCGAAGGGACUUCCACCGGAGGCAGGAGCCGCGGCAGGACGCGUCCGCCGGCGCCGCCACCGGAGACAGGAGCUCCGAGUGGGUUAGCCGAUGAUGAUGCCGCCGGCUCGAUCGUAUGUAUCCAAUCCACACGUGUAUAGCCAAAAUUGCCGUGCUUUGGAAAAUUCGGAAGAUUUGCAGUUUUCUUGAAAGAAGAUUACUACACUUGUCAAGGGAAACAAAUUAUGAAUACGUAUCUCGCAGAUACUUGUAAAUUUUGAACAAAUAAGGCAAAGGAUCUGGAGGAAAUCUCUAGAAAGACAAAUAUUUAGAAACGGAGGGAGUAGUACAAUUUGAGAAUAAAAUUACAUUAUGU